CUGUUGAUUACGUCAACGCGGUGUCGACAACACACGAGGGCAAGAGUAACCGCUGAUAACUAGAUAGUGAGAGGGAUAUAUCAACAUAUUGCAGCAUGCCAAAACAGAAAACAAAGAAAUUUGCUGCAAUGAAACGGAUGAUCAGUAUGAAAGAUCAUCGAAUAAAAGAGCAAGACCGAUCCAAAGCAAAUGAAAAAAAGAAGAAAGACCCUUCAGCGCUGAAGGAGAGAGAAGUGCCCAAGUACCCAUCAUGCCUGUUCUUCCAGUACAACACUCAACUCGGUCCACCAUACCACAUUCUGGUUGAUACCAAUUUUAUCAACUUCUCAAUCAAGGCCAAGCUGGACAUUGUUCAGUCUAUGAUGGACUGUCUGUAUGCCAAAUGUAUCCCUUAUAUCACAGACUGUGUGAUGGCUGAAAUUGAAAAGCUGGGAAUGAAGUACAGAGUUGCCCUCAGGAUAGCAAAGGAUCCGAGGUUUGAGCGCUUACCUUGCGCACACAAAGGAACAUACGCUGAUGACUGCCUGGUCCAAAGGGUAACACAGCACAAGUGUUACAUCCUGGCUACUGUGGAUAGAGAUUUAAAGCGAAGGGUAAGGAAGAUCCCAGGAGUGCCCAUCAUGUACAUCUCAAACCACAGGUACAACAUUGAAAGAAUGCCUGAUGAUUACGGUGCUCCGAGGUUUUGAUUAUUUGUACAAAUGUCACUGUAUAUACAUUUUAGUUCCUUUAUGUACAUCAGAAUUGUUCAAGGGUUUGAACUGCAGAGGAUGGUGCAUUUUUGACCUUGCAUUGUAUCACCUUUAAUUAUGUUGCUCUCAUAAAAGUGUCACAAACCAUUAUUAUGGAGUGUCAAUUAAUAUUGUUGCAGAUGUAUUCAUUUUUGGUUUGAAUUUUUACAGCAUCAGAAAAGUGCAAAAUUAGAAUACUUAACGGCCAAGUGUGUCAAAAAACACUGGUUGUGCACAGGCUACAUCUAGUGGUACUCAAACAACAGAUAUCAUUUAAAAUAAAAAUGUAAUUCUUUUAGAAAUUUACACAAGUAUUAAAUAAUUGUCCGUUAAGUAAUACUAGACUUUAUGAAGUAAAGAUUUGCUGAAAUUGUAUGUUUUUUUUCAAUUAAAUAUUGUUUAAUUCGUUUCAUAUGCCACUUUCAAACCUAAAAACUGUUGACAAACAGUGGUAGGUACUUGCCAGGCGAAACCAUGUCUGAGAUGGUACUUGUAAAACGUUUGAGAACCAAUGGUGUACGCCAUACAGAAUAUUGUUAAUGUGUAUAAAGUAGAAACAUUGCAACAUGCAGGGUAAAGGCACUUGGACUAAAUGGACAGAAUUAUCCUGGUUUCUUGUCAUGUCCAAAUGUCUUUUAGAAAAUAGUGUUAGUGUUCUUCUAUUAAUGCUGCAUGUUCAACCCUUUUCCUUGUCUUUAACCCCUAUUACAAAUUCCUGGAAUGCAAGACAAACAAAACGUUUUAUGCUACCAAUUAAUGCUAACAAAUGCGGGUGGCCAACUACAAGAAACGUCUGAAUUCUGUGAUUGCCAGCAAAUGUUUUGCGUAUCAAAUAUUACACUCAAUAAAAUACAAAUUGAUUUAAAACAUG